GCAGAUUGAAGAAAAAAAAGAGUUACCUAAUUGCAGCGUCGGAGCUCGGGUGGAUUGGGUCGGCGUCGAAUGUUCUGCCUCCGUUCAAGGUUCGCUGGCUCUCGUUCGAUGACCAUCCAUUUAGUCUCCAUCCUCCAUUAGCAAUCGCACACACAUCAUAUCACCUCACCUCACAUCACCACCUCUUCGUCUUUUCCCCUCCCUUUUUUCCCCUUUUUCUUUUUCUUCUGCUCUUUUAAGUGUUAAGAUUCCCUAAAAAAAUAAAAAUAAAAACCCUAUUUGGCGCUGAUGAUUUUUUAAUAUUUUAUCAACUUGGCCUAGAGUUGAGGGCAUUAUCAACUACGAAAAGCCUAGGGGAAAAAAAAGGGAAGAAAAAAAAAUUAAUUCGUCCGAAUCCGAAGCCAACCACAUCGAAACCUUACACGAGCCACCUUUAUGUCGAUAUAGAUAUCCUAGACAAUAGGGACGUCUAAUACCUAUUUAUAAACUUGACGAGACCCGACAAUUCCAAUUCCUGUCCCCAAAACUCAUUUCUACCUCCACGUCUAAAUUCAGAUAUCCGAGGCAUAUAAUAUAAAGCCUGUACCUGAAGGAAACCCUCAAACUUCGCCACUUACCAAGAUGGUUCUAACGCACACGACCAAUCACACUUACUCUCACCCAUUCCCGACCGUGACCUUGGCAUUCUUCCUUCGGUACUACUCACCCCGGCUCAAUCCUUUCUCCAGCCAUGUCUUGUCCACCGAUACCAUCUCGUCGCACGUCGACCCGGAAACCGGUCGCUUGCACACGACUCGCAUCCACAUGAAGAAGACCCGCCUACCCUCCGCCGUAGUCAAGCUACUUCCCAGUAGCGUUACCGGCGGCGGUGGUGACAAGUCGAGCUAUGUCCUCGAGACCAGCGUUGUGGAUAUCAAAGAAGGGUGGAUGAAGACGGAGAGCCGGAAUCUCAACUACACAGGCGUCUUAAGUGUAGUCGAGGAGCAGCACUACUCGACCACUCCUCCCGACCAGGCCACCUCAUCUUCGUCCUCAACUUCUGGAACCGCACCAAGCUCUCUGACCUCUACCCCUCAUCGACCUCUGGCCCCUAACACCUUUGUCACUACUACAUUCUCCUACCGAUCUACCUUGGGCGGCAAGAAUCACGAAAAGGCGGCGACCGAGUCUACCGAUGCCAACGACGAACCUGGCACACGACGAUUUGGCGACUGGAUUUCGGGAUGGGGCGCCAAGCGGAUCCAGCGCAGCAUCGAAUCCAUUGCUUCCAACAAGACGGACGACCAGAUGAUCAAGUCGCGCGACGGGAUGCGCAUCGUCUUGGAGCGGCUACGAAGCAACGGUGUUGUUGCAGUUCUCAGGGAGCUCAGACGACGAGAAGGAAACGUCUUUGAGCAGUGAACAAUGAACAAUGGAUCCGAAAUCUCUUUCAUUUAUUUUUCCCCCCUUGGCAUAGGACUAUACCCGUGUUACGGCAAACACAACUUGUAUAUCCAUCUUUGACAUUUUCAAAUUAGCAAGGCGUUUGGGGAAUUAGCUGAAGGCAGCAAAAGCGAUGGGAGGCUUCGCGACGUUUUUUUGUUCUCUCUUCACGAAUGGUCGUGGGCACGAACUGGAGUAUCAAAAUUUUAUGGGGGAGGGGAGUGGAUGGGAUGGG